CUACGGAACAUGCAAGAAAAUGUAGAUCCGUCCGACGAUAUGGCAGUUAUAAAAAGACGCAACGCAGCGUUAAUGGCACAAAUCAAUGACGUAGAGGACCGGCUCAAGUCUGGAAAUAGCGGUGAAGCUCAACCAAAAAUCAAGACCAAGAAGCCGAAAACUGUUCUGCGUCCGGCCAUUGGGUCUGCACAAAUCGACUUUGCUAUUAUUGGCAAUCGCUCCAGCGACGAGGAGGAGGACGAGGAGGAGGACGAGGACGAGGAGGUGCCGAUGACUGAGGCUGCAGAGGAUCAAAUGGAUUCUGUUUCAUUUGACGCCAUUACGGACUGCCCAAUGGAUUGGGGUAUUGAUAACUGUUUAGCUGAUUACAUGCUUUAGAGAACUUUGUAAUUCGAGAUGUCGAUUUAAACUAAAUCAACGAAUCUAAGACGCUUGAGGCUUUUGCAUAUCCGGAC